AUGAAUAAUCACUUUAUGAGGUCACUUUCUUCCCUCCCCAAUUCAUCUAAUGUGGUCUGGAGGAAAAAACCAAGCACAGAAUGGCCUAGAGGCAUACCCUCCAAGCUCUCAGCCACCCACAACGAGAAGGCACGAAUAAUACAGAGGGCGUGGCUGGCUUACGCGGACAGAGGAAUAUUUCAACUUCUGAAACACACAGUGUGUGCCGUGGAGCAUUAUGUGGCUCACGAGAUACUGAAGAAAGUGAGCCCCGCAGAAGGUGAGCUUGUGAAAGAUCCUAGCAUGAAGUGCAAAGUCCGAUUCCGAUUUGGUGGGGAAACGUUUCCACCUUACAUUGUCUUUAAAAUUUUUCUGCAUACUGAUGGCCAUGGAUACAAGUAUUUCUGUGGAAGGAAUAUACUGAAGUCCUCGACUGAGGCAGUAGCUGAUUCUUACAGACUUAUGGGGAGAAACAAAUUCUACAAUCAAAUGAUGGAAGAUGAGCGUUUUCACCAGAAAUUUAAAGUCAGCGAUGAGAUAGAUGUUAUCACAAUGAAAGAUUACAUGCAGUAUUCCAGUCUUUUAGAUAAUAUUCCUGCAUCUUGUGGUGGCAGAAAUAACCAUUGGCGUAGAUUAAACCUCAAAAACAUCCCCAAGACAAUGAUGAUAUAUGACAUAAUUGAUUUUGUGCAAUCUGGAACAGUUUCAAAACGUUUCCAAAAAGAAAUGAAAUUUCUGAAACAGAAACCACAGUCAGAAGAAAUGCACCAGCAGCAACUACAGAUUAUUACUGAUGUGAGGAUCUGUCAACCAACAAUUCAUGUACAACUGCCUGCAAGACAAGAAGCCAAAGAAGUUAAAUAUUUGGGCCGGAGAUCUAAGCAAGCACAAACAAAAGUUGAGAAAAUGAGAAAAGCGUAUAAAACACCUACAAAGAAAACCAUGAAAAUGGAACCGGAAGAAAAAGUCAUUCUCUCUACUCCAUCAUUUACCCUUGUGAAACUUAAAGAAACUUCAUCAGGUAUCAGUGAUGAUGAGGACUUUGAAAAGGAAGAACAAGAAUUAUUUCGUUGGUGGCAAGACUUGGUCAUUACCAACAUUUUAGAUACCAGCUAA